CUUCAUAUAUAACUUUUGGCGUUGAGCAGUAGGUGGCGGCAUAGAGCACACGUGGUCAAAUUAAACUCGAGAAGAAGAAAUAUCAACAAAAACUGGCGGGUGAGCGUAAAACUAGUUACAGGUCCAUGGUAAAACUCCAACUGACUGUAUGGACGCCGGGGUGUCUUUGAGUCAGUUCGACGGGCAGUCGAAGCUGCUGGUCCGGUCGCUUCUGUGUGGAGUCUCCGGUGCCCGCAGAGCUCUGGGUGUCUUCCACAGGCAGCAGCGAGCCAACCCUGGAGUGUCGUUGUCUAGCUUCAUAGACUCACUGUGCAGGGACGAGAUCACCUGUCCAGACACUAAAGCACAGCCCGUUACGGUUAAACCCCUGGUGUGCCUGUUUCCACCAUUAUUCAAACAAAACCUGCUGUCCUUCAUCUAUCUGGUCUACCCAGUUCUUCCUCGUGCGACUGUCCUCCAUCUGCUCAAAUGCCUCAGCCAGGACCCUCAUCCAAGUCCCUGGGUCUCUGCGCUGGUUAGACAGCUGGAAAGAAACCUGGGCGCCCAAAGUCAGGAACCACUGCACACUCCACUGUUCAGCCAGAGACUGAAGGAGCUGUCACAGCAUUUAGUUGGCGGUGAUGAGACUGGAGGAUGGGCAAAGUGCUUCAGUGAUCAAGGAGUGGAAUCUGGAUCUCAGAGUGGUUCCUCAGAGCCGGGGACACAAAGGAAAAGGAAGGCCAGCUUUGUCACUCAGGACUUAGAUGGCAGGGAACCGAGACAGCAGAGUAAACGGAUAAAGAUGGAUAUCUGUGAUAGUGAGUGUCUUGAAGCUGAAGAGCAGAGUGCGAAAGACGAGAUAUCAGGAAGUUUAGAAAGGGAUGCUCCUGCAGAGACUCCGGCUGAAGAACUGCAGCCAGCAUCAGACAGUCGCUGUGAUAUCCUGCCUGAACAUAUACAGGCCGCUGUUCUUCAAAUAAAAGAAUUACUGGAAAGCCAGACAGAUUGGGACCAGAGCUCCAUGGAUGUGUUCAAAGUGCUGAGUGGGUGUGAUCCUGGCCAAGUGGAGGUGUUAUGCAGCAUGCUGUGUUUGCCUGACUUACCGGAGCAACAUCUGCCUAAACUGUGCAGCAGUAUUUUGGCUCCCACCUCUGACCUCAGCUACAGCACAGCCACAACGUUCAUCCGGAGCCUUCUGCUAAAGAAGGUGCUGUCCUUGUUGGAGCCGGCCUCCAGAUGUCUGGUCACUGCAGUGACAUCGCUAUGUGGACGCUGGCCCAGACCCAUGUGCCAUGCUCUAAUUGGUCCAGUUCUAGAGGACAAGAACAUAGGGAAUCCACAAGCUGAGCUGCUGAACAGACUGAUAGAGGGUGGCCUGGAUUCACAUUACAGACUGCUGGUGCUUCAAAUAACGUUCAGAAUAGAGUGGAGUGAGGCUGUGCUCUCUAUUAUCCACAGCGUGCUGGACUCCAAGCCUGACUUGAGUGACGAACUCUUCACACAGUUCAUCGAACAGCUUGUCAGCCAGGGUCCUCAAUUCACAAAGUCUGUGAAGUUUGCAAAAAUGAUGCUCACAGUCCUCACCAAAUACAGCAGUUAUGUGACUGCUGCACACAAACACUCCCUGCACAGUUGCCUGAUGUUAAACGAGACCUUCCUGAAAAAGUCUGUCCAAGGCGCUCUGAAAAGAAUUACACACUCAUGAAGUUUCACCUCUCCCAGUGCACCUUAAUAAAGCUGUUUAAAUGAACUCUUGUGUACUUCUUGGCAAUUUUUUGACUUGAAAAUAAAGCACAGAAAAAUA